AUGCUUGAAGGUGAUGAUUUGAAAGAGAGGAUAAUAAGUGGAGAGGAGGUUGGAUUUUGGAUGGUUGAAGGUGGUAUGCUUUGGAAGAGAGAUAAAAGAGAAAGAAUGGUGGAGGAAGGAGAUUUCAUGGUGGUGGGUAGCCAAACUCCAAUAAAGAUACGUCUCAUAUUGGUUAGGGCGUCAAAAUCAUCUAGCCAAUUAGUGGAGAACUUCUAUAGUUCAUCUUGUCCUAAUGUAGAAUCCAUCGUCACCCAAGCAGUGACCACCAAGUUCACCGAGACCCUCACCACUGGACAAGCAACCCUGCGUCUAUUUUUCCAUGAUUGCUUUGUUGAGGGAUGUGAUGCCUCAGUGAUGAUCUCCUCGCCAAAUGGGGACGCAGAGAAGGAUGCCUCGGAAAAUGGUUCCCUCGCAGGAGAUGGGUUUGACACUGUGAUAAGGGCAAAGGAAGCAGUGGAAGCUACAUGCCCUGGAGUGGUCUCAUGCGCAGACAUUUUGGCGCUUGCUACCAGAGACGUUAUAGGCUUGCUUGGAGGUCCUGAGUACGACGUAGAGGUGGGACGCAGAGACGGAAUGAUAUCGGAGGCAUCAAGCGUGGAAGCAAACAUUCCAAAAGCGAGUUUCAACCUUAACCAACUCAACGCAAUAUUCUCAAAAAAGGGUCUUAGCCAAAUGGACAUGAUAGCACUCUCUGGAGCACACACAGUGGGGUUCUCACACUGCGACCAGUUUGCAAAUCGCUUAUACUCCUCUCCCGUGGACCCCACUUUGAACCCCAGCUACGCCCAACAGUUGAUCACUGCAUGCCCCCGAAACCCUGACCCCAGCGUAGUGCUUGCUCUCGACCCCCAAACCCCUUCUUCGUUUGACAAUUUGUUUUUCAAAAACUUGGUCUCCGGUGAGGGCUUGUUGACUUCCGACCAGGUUCUCUUCUCCGACCCUAAAUCCCAGCCUACGGUGCUUCAGUUUGCCAACAACCCUGCCGAUUUCAGCGCCGCCUUUGUCACGGCCAUGAGGAAUCUCGGAAGGGUGGGGGUUAAGACUGGCACCCAGGGAGAGAUUAGGAGAGAUUGCACCAAAUUCAAUUCUCGGUGA